AUGCCUCGUCCGGAGUUCUGCCGCUUCGUCUGGCUGGGGACGGUCGAAUACCUCGCCGCCAGGGCCCUGCAGGAUUCCCUGGUUGAACAGGUGCACAAUGGCGACUCGCCCGCGACCCUGCUGUUGCUGGAGCACCCCCACGUCUACACCCGCGGACGUUUGAGUCGCGACGAGCACCUCCUUUCCUCGGAGGCAGAGUUGGCGGCUAGCGGCAUCCCCGUAUACGAAACUGACCGGGGUGGCCAGAUCACCUACCACGGCCCAGGACAGCUUGUAGGCUACCCGAUCGUGAACCUGCGAGAUUGGGGAGGCCCUCUUAAAUACGUCCGAACGCUGGAGCAGGUGAUCGUCGACACUCUCGGCGACUUCGGUAUCGAUGCCCACACCGAACAGGGCCUUACCGGCGUCUGGACUCCAGGAGGCAAGAUUGCCGCCAUCGGGGUAAAGAUCGCCCGGGGUGUGGCCUUCCACGGAUUCGCCAUCAACAUCAACACCGACCUCUCCAACUACCGCCACAUCGUCCCCUGCGGCAUAACCGACCGCCCGGUAACCUCGAUGGCGGUGGAACUGGGCGAGGACACAGACGCAGAAGCGGUCCGCUACAGCCUCGUCUAUCGGUUUGCUCGCAAUAUGGGAAUGAGAAUGGUGGAAGGUUCGCCGGAAUUUGUAUCGUAG